AUGGUCGGCCUACUUCCCUCUCUCGUGCUCUGUGCAAUCCUCUUGUGUUCACCGGGCCUUGCUGCACCGACUAGCGGCGCAUCUACAGCAAGCCAUGCGUCCUCGGCCGCAGAACCCAGCGAGACCGUCCCCCUCGCCAGCGAUAACCCGAAUGGCGUCCUGUGGAGUGCCUCUGAGACCAACGGCGACCCGCAGCCCAUUCGCGGCUCCUUGGGAAGCACGAUCAUGGCAGAACAGAAUGUCGAGCUCCAGAGGCAGAACCCUGACCUUCUCGCACCGCCGACCACCGAUCACGGCACAAUUGAGGCCGGAAACGUCAAAUGGCCUUUCAGCUUAAGCCCUAACCGAUUGCAGACCGGGGGUUGGGCCCGUCAACAGAACAUCCAUCAGUUACCCAUCGCCACCUCCAUGGCAGGUGUCGACAUGCGCCUCGAAGCGGGUGCUAUCCGUGAGCUGCACUGGCACAAGACCUCAGAGGCAAGUGACUUUGACAUUUCCAAUUGGGCAUAUGUCCUUAGCGGCUACAUGCAAGUGACCGCCGUCGACCAGGACGGCAGAAACUAUCUAGGCACAGUGGGCCCAGGUGAUCUAUGGUAUUUCCCACCUGGCGUGCCACACAGUCUCCAGGCGACCGCUCAGAACCCUGAUGGCGCAGAGUUCCUUCUGGUCUUCGAUAAUGGCGCAUUUAGUGACGAUUCUACGUUCCUGUUGACGGAUUGGUUGGCCCAUACACCUAAGGAGGUUAUCGCAAAGAACUUCGGGACCGCCAUAUCUGCUUGGAACAACAUCCCCGGAGAACAACUUUAUAUUUUCCCUGGUCAGGACCCUUCACCAGACGCGCAAGCAGUCGAGGACCCUCAGGGCCAAGUCCCAAAUCCCUUUACUUACAAGAUGUCUCAGAUGACGCCGCGUCAACUCCCUGGCGGAACUGUGAAGGUCGUGGAUUCUAGGAAUUUCACUGUAUCAACCACUAUUGCUGUCGCUGAGGUGACGGUCGAACCCGGAGGAAUGAGGGAGCUUCACUGGCACCCCACUCAGGAUGAAUGGACUUACUAUAUCUCUGGCUAUGCGCGCGUCACCGAAUUUGCUUCUAGCACCGUUGCGCAAACCUUCGACUUUCAGGCUGGCGACAUCGGAUUUGUCCCCGCUGCAUACGGUCACUAUGUCGAGAACACUGGCAACGAGACACUACACUACCUCGAGAUCUUUAACACUGACAUAUUCCAGGAUGUCAGCCUUCAGCAGUGGUUGGCCUUGACCCCCGCUGUGCUUGUGCAGGAGCACUUGCAUCUCUCCAACGAGGUCAUCGCGAGCUUCAAGAAGACGAAACAGUUUGUAGUUGGGCCUAACUAA